AUGGUUCGAAGAGACUACGAUAAAGAUAAAGAAAACCUUAAAACUUUCUUAACCGAAUUUUGUUCGCAAGAUGAUCUUGGGAAGAAACACUUUAAAUAUUGUGAGCAAUUAACAAAAUUAGCUCACAGAGACCAAGUGGCAAUGUACAUUGAAUUGGAUGAUCUUCAUGAAUAUAAUGAUACUUUAGCUGAAGCUGUUAUAAGCAACACCCGAAGAUAUUUGAAUAUUAUGGGUGAUUUAGUUUACGAGUUACUCCCCACUUUUCGAAAUCACGAAGUCAUUGCUAAAGACGCUUUGGAUGUUUAUAUCGAACAUCGGAUUAUGAUGGACAGUCGAGUGCGACAACCAAACGAACAACGAGAUCCUAAAAAUAAAUUUCCACCCGAGUUAAUGAGAAGAUAUGAAAUAUAUUUUAAAGAUAUGUCCACAUCAAAAAAUGUUCCAAUUCGGGAAGUAAAAGCUGAUCAUAUUGGUAAAUUAGUAACAGUGAGAGGUAUUGUGACAAGAUGUGGAGAUGUAAAACCCAUGAUGAGUGUUGCUACUUACACUUGUGAUCAAUGUGGGGCUGAAACUUAUCAACCAAUUGCUGGGUUGAGUUUUAUGCCCAUAACUAAAUGUCCUAGUGAAGAAUGUAGGGUUAAUAAAUCAGGGGGGAAUUUGUAUUUACAAACUAGGGGAUCGAAAUUUAUUAAAUUUCAAGAAAUUCGUAUGCAAGAAUUGAGUGAUCAAGUUCCUGUUGGACACAUUCCUAGAUCAUUAACAAUCUUUUGCCGCGGAGAAAACACCCGUCAAGCUUUACCUGGUGAUCACAUCGCGAUUACCGGCGUUUUUUUACCUUUAAUAAGAACCGGUUUUCAACAAAUUUCAGGAGGACUUUUAUCAGACACUUAUUUAGAAGCACAUCGAGUAAUUUCUUUAAAUAAAAGCACCGACGAUGAAAUCGCCUCUCAAAAUUUAACUCAACAAGAAAUGGCUACAUUAACCGAAGACGAUUUUUAUUCAAAAUUAGCACUUUCUUUAGCCCCAGAAAUUUAUGGCCAUUUAGACAUAAAAAAAGCACUUCUCCUUUUGUUAGUUGGAGGCGUCGAUCGGCGCCCUGACGGAAUGAAAAUACGUGGAAACAUAAAUAUUUGCUUAAUGGGUGACCCCGGAGUCGCUAAAUCUCAACUUUUAGGUUACAUUAAUCGUUUAGCCCCAAGAAGUCAAUAUACAACAGGACGUGGUUCUUCCGGCGUUGGUUUAACAGCUGCUGUUAUGAAAGAUCAUACAACCGGCGAAAUGAUGUUAGAAGGGGGUGCUUUAGUUCUUGCAGAUCAAGGUGUUUGUUGUAUUGAUGAAUUUGAUAAAAUGGCUGAUGCCGAUCGUACUGCUAUACACGAAGUUAUGGAACAACAAACGAUUUCUAUUGCUAAAGCUGGUAUAAUGACGUGUUUAAACGCUAGAGUAUCAAUAUUGGCCGCCGCAAAUCCCGCUUAUGGUCGUUACAAUCCAAAAAGAACGAUUGAACAAAACAUUCAACUCCCAGCGGCUUUAUUAUCGCGUUUCGAUUUGUUAUGGUUAAUUCAAGAUAAACCAGAUAGAGAUAACGACUUAAGAUUAGCUAAACACAUCACUUAUGUUCACCAACAUAGUCAACAACCCCCCACAGAAACUCCCCCCUUAGAUAUGUCAUUAAUGAGAAAAUACAUUGCGUUGUGUAAAUUGAAAGACCCAACUAUCCCAGCUGAAUUAACCGAAUUUCUUGUUUCUGCUUAUGUAGAAUUACGAAAAGAAGCUCGUAAUUCACGCGAUAUGACAUUCACCUCAGCAAGAAAUUUAUUAGGAAUCUUACGUUUAUCAACAGCUUUAGCCCGAUUAAGACUUUCAGAUGUAGUUGAAAAGGAUGAUGUGAAUGAAGCGAUUCGCUUGAUGGCGAUGAGUAAAGAUUCUUUGAAUCAUUCGAUUGAGAAUAAAGGAACAAGACCAAUGAAUGUAAACGACAAAAUCUUCGCGAUUAUUGGCGAAUUAGCUGGCGAUAACAAAACGGUUAAAGUUUCUGAUAUAUUAGAAAAGUGCGCCAGUAAAGGUUAUAAUCCAGAUCAAGUUGAUGCUUGCAUUGAGGAGUAUGAAGAAUUAAACGUUUGGCAAAUUAACCAAACCAAAACUAGAAUCACAUUUAUUUAAAAUCUUAAAAAUAAUUAGAAAUUAAUGUUUUUCAUGAUUAUAAUCACAUUUAUGUUGUAGUAUGUAGUUAAUUAAAAAUAAGAGUUUUUUGUACCUACUUUUAUAAUAAUUAAAAUAAAUGAUGAAAUAAAA